CCAACCACCUUCUUACAUCAAUUACACACCUAAUAAACGUCUACGUAGAGUAUUAUUACAACAUGGCCAACAAUAUUGUAGCUGCUGAUGGCUCUUGCACUUUGGCUUCCCUCGACCAAAAGCUAGCCAGUGCCAAACGUUGUUCUCAUGAAGGUGUUGUUGCAGGCGCUAAAGCGGCCGUGGUUGCCACUGUCGCGGCUGCUAUUCCAACGUUGGCAAGUGCAAGAAUGGUGCCAUGGGCAAGAGCCAACCUCAACCCCACUGCACAAGCUCUUAUAAUCUCCACAGUGGGAGGAAUGGCUUAUUUCAUUGUAGCAGACAAGACUGUUCUGGCAACAGCUCGUCGAAACUCCUUCAAGGGACAACACAGUACCGUUGAAGCUUGACUUCUUUUUUCUUCUUUUAGGGUUUGUCUGAAUGUUCUGUAAUAUUCAUAUAUUGUUUGAUCAUCAAUAUAUAGAUAAAUAAAAUUUGCUUUUCUUCCCAGUUGUUA